AUGGCCUUGUGCUGUGACGAGCCCUUCGAUGGAGAAGCGCGGAGUUCAGAACAGUGGUCAUAUGUGGGCAAAGGCAAAGGUGCAUACGAGACUGUCUCUGAUGUCGUGUUCGUUGGGCACGGCAAGGGGAGCAUCGACAAGGAAAGGGUGGUGGUGGCAAGCGGCACCAAUUGGCGCCCCGCAUGCGCGGUGGCAUGCGGUAUGGUUUUCCUGCGCCCUUGGCUGCACAGUGUUUGCUGUACUGUAAGACUGGUACUGCAAGAGCCAUGCCUGUGCCCUUAUGGCGUCGCCGUGCGCGUGAGGCUCGUGAUCGGGAUUCUCAUCAUCUUUGGCUUCCAUCGUCCUGUGGCGGCGGCUGCAGAUGAGAUUCAAGUGUUUACCACCGAAGCCCCCUCGCCGAAGCAGAUCAUCAUCAAGCACCACUACAUCACCCAGAAUCGGAACAAGGUGGUGGGAGUUCCGGUGCCUGGACCGGCUCACCUGGUGUAUCACAAAGUGUAUGCGCCACACAAGCACUUUGAGUGCUACACGAACUCGAUGAACUAUCGUGCCUGGACCCAGGAUCAUCAGAGCUGGUGUUGUUGGCGUUCGGGCGUGGCAUGCCCAACCAAGGUGGUGACCAAAGACAAGUACGUGCCGAUCACCAAGACAGUUGGAGUCAAGGUGCCGAAAUACCACUACGUCCACGUGGCCGGGCCCACCCCGCGGCCCAAGAUUGUUCACGUCAAGGUGCCCGCCCCAAAGCUUCCGCCCCGUAUUGUGCAGGAUCCGUUUCCUGUGGCGGCAGAGAGGCCGCCGCCACACAUCCACUACAAGUACGUGCCCGUGCCUGAAGAGGUGAAGAUCCCUAAGGUGGUGUACGACAAGAAGGUGGUCAAGGUCCCUGUUCCGGUGAAGAAGUAUGUCCCGAAGAUUGUGCACAAGGCGCCGGAAGUCAUCUACAAGACCCACACAAUUUAUGACCACCCUCAGGCAUAUGAUUGUGUGGAGGGUUUUCAUGCCUUCAAGACGAUGUGGACAAAGGAGCAGAGGGAGUACUGCUGCUGGAAGGAACAGCGUGGCUGUGCAACCGACCAUGAGGUGGAGCACGAGAAUGUGAUCACCAAGACCAAGUACAUUGACGUUCCUGUUCCAUCCCCUCCUAAAGUCGUGAUCAGACACCACCAAAUCGUGAAGACCACCCAUCACAGCGAACGGCACUUCAACUGCGAACACGGCUACUCCAACUGGUACUUUGGUUGGUCCAAGACAAAGCAGGGCUGGUGCUGUGCACAUGAGAGCCGGGGAUGCCCCGGGUCGUGGCAUGGAAGCAUGCAUCUCGAAGGCCACGUCCACGUUGAGCACGGCAGCAUCGGCGGCCAUGCAAGGGGAAGGAUCUACGACUGCGAGGCCGGAUACUCGAACUGGUUGCAGGGAUGGUCCGACUCGAAGAAGACAUGGUGCUGCGACCAUCACCACAAAGGGUGUGUGGCCUACAAGUGCUUCCACAAACAUCCUAGCAUGUGGUCUGCCAAGAAGAGUGACUGGUGCUGCAAACACUUCCAGAGGGGCUGCCCGCAAACCACGAUUUCACCUUUGGGCUGCCAAGCGGCAUGCACUUACCAUGGAAAGACGUCACUUUGCAUCGACCGCAUCCACUGGGCCAUGGAGAACCAUUUCAGUGGGCGAGACAACGCUUGCGCUCUCUCUUACAGCCAGGUUCAGGUGGAGUGUGACAUCUGCCGGGGCUGUUCUAUCGAAGCGGCCGGCUGCGAAGUGCACGUUGCGACUUCCGAGCCCUAUGACUGCAAUGCUGCCCUCAAUAACUUCUUCCGAGCAUGGUCACCACCCAAGAAGCAAUGGUGCUGCUCGUCGAAGGGCAAGGGCUGCGAGGGCCCACAGCCUCCAGCUGUCGAUCCCGGCUACGGCAUGGUUUGGAAGCACGUGCAGGUCAACGGUUACUGGACAUGGAUUGCUGUAAGCUCCGGUGCAGGUGGUGGAGGUGGUGGCCAUUACAGCAAGCCGUACGACUGCCACGUCGGCCUGGCUAACUGGCAGGCCGGGUGGUCGAUGCCGAAGAAGUCCUGGUGCUGUGCCCACGAGCACACGGGAUGCGGCGGCGGAGGAGGUGGCGGCGGAGGCGGUCACUGGCACUCGCACACCACCCACACGGUAAUCCACGUCUACCACGGAGGAGGCGCCAUGGGUGGCGGAGCUGCUGGCGGAGCUGGUGGCGCUGGCGGAGCUGCGGGUGGCGGAGUGAUUGGCGGAGGGGCUGGCGGAGCGGCUGGUGGGGGCUUGCCUCCCGGUGCAGCCGGACACGGCAUGAUGUGGGAGUGGAAGAGUGAUGGGGGGAAUUGGCACUGGGCACAGGAGCACAUGAAUGGAGCUCCGAAGUACAACUGCCGCGCUGGCCUGUCCAAGUUCAAGAUUGGUUGGUCUGGGGACAAAAAGGAGUGGUGCUGCCAUUUCCGAGGCCUCGGCUGCCCAUGA